AUGACACCACCUGAGAGGUGCAAUAGCCUUUUUGCUUCAGUUGUUAUUGCAAGUGCACUUGUCACGGUGGAUGCAGAGCUGCACUCUGUGUGCUGUGACGAUGGCCAUGCUACCCUAAAGCUUCAGAUGUUGUUCAAUCCUCUCAGAGCAAUUUUGGAGGCCCAUGCGAUGGUCUUGAGUUUGGGUUCUGAGAAAAUACAGCAAGCAGAGCAAAUUCAGUGCUGGCAGCACCUUGCACAAAUAAUGCCCAAAGUGGUGUGCUUCAUUGCGACAGUCCCAGUUCAGAUGCAGUUUGCUUGCCAUCAGCUGCCACUGUGUCGUGUUGAAGAAUCGAGGAGAAUCAAGAGAAUUAGGCAUGUGGGAAUGGAUUAG